GUGCGGCCUCCGUUCCCAGCGUGUUUUGAAACAAGCCCAGUGACUGCUGCCGAAGAACGCACCCCUGCGGACCAUGGAGGUCGACUGUGAGGGCGUGAGACGGCUGCUAAGCAAGUACAAGUUCAGGGAUCUGACUGUGGAAGAGCUGAAGAAUGUGAGCAUGUCUUUCCCGCACUUCAGAUACUCCGUGGACACCUAUGUUUUCAAAGAUACUUCCCAAAAAGACCUGCUGAAUUUCACCGGUACAAUUCCUGUGAUGUAUCAGGGUAAGACAUACAACAUACCCAUUCGCUUCUGGAUUUUGGAUUCCCACCCUUUUGCUCCGCCCAUUUGCUUCUUGAAGCCAACUGCAAACAUGGAAAUCUCGGUUGGAAAACAUGUGGAUGCCAAAGGCAGAAUAUACUUGCCCUAUCUCCAAAAUUGGAGCCACCCCAAAUCUGCCAUUGUUGGAUUAAUUAAAGAAAUGAUUGCCAAGUUUCAAGAGGAACUUCCUCUCUAUUCCAUACCGUCGUCCGAUGAAGCACAACAGGUGGACUUGCUGGCCUAUAUCACAAAAAUCACGGAAGGUGUCUCAGACAUAAAUUCAAGGAGCUGGACAAAUCAUGAGAAUAAAAUACUCAAUAAAAUCACUGUGGUUGGAAGUGGAGAUUUGGGUAUUGCCUGCACAUUGGCAAUUUCAGCAAAGGGCAUUGCAGACAAGCUGCUCCUCUUAGACCUCUCAGAUGGGACGAGCCAAGGGACGAUGGACCUUGAUAUCUUCAACCUACCUAACGUAGAGAUCAGCAAAGAUUUGUCUGCCUCUGCUCAUUCCAAGGUGGUGAUCUUCACAGCCAACUCUUUGGGCGGUUCUGAAUCCUAUCUGCAUGCAGUACAAAGUAAUGUGGACAUGUUCAGAGCUCUUGUUCCAGCUCUGGGACAUUAUAGUCAACAUGCUGUCUUGCUUGUUGCCUCUCAACCAGUGGAAAUCAUGAGCUAUGUGACGUGGAAGCUGAGCACAUUUCCUGCGACUAGAGUGGUCGGGAUUGGCUGCAAUCUGGAUUCACAGAGGCUGCAGUACAUUAUCGCCAGUGUUUUGAAGGUGCAGACUUCAGGCAAAGAAGUGUGGGUUGUUGGUGAACAGGGAGAAAACAAAGUGUGCUCAUGGAGUGGCCGAGAUGGAGUACUGAGUCCCAGCUCUCAGGCGCAGCUAUCCAGCAGAGCCAUGGAACUGUUGAAGGUAAAAGGUCAGAGAUCUUGGUCUGUUGGACUGUCAGUGGCUGACCUGGUGGAUACUAUUAUAAACAAUAAAAAGAAAGUGCAUUCUGUAUCAACUUUAGCAAAGGGAUAUUAUGGUUUAGAUAAUGAAGUAUUUUUAAGUUUGCCAUGCAUCCUGGGAACCAGUGGGGUAUCCGAAGUCAUCAAAACCGAAGCAGGAGAAGACACAGUGACUGAGACACUCCAGACCAGUGCAUCCUCCAUCCAUGGUCUCCAGCAGCAGCUGAAACUGUGACUCCCCAGCGCAGUCACCUGGAGGGGGAGCUGAGUUAAUUUUGCCAACACACAUUGUUUUGAGAAUUUCCACAAUUUACUCUUUAUUCUUAAAAACAGCCUUUCUAGUAGAUGGCUUCUUAAUUAGCUUUAUAAGUUGAAUCCUUGAGAAUGGAAAAGGAUUAAUUUCUUGUGGGGUUUUUGACAUACCUAUACUGUUGUUUAAACCUGCAACAGGGAUAAAUAUUCAUUUGCAUUGUAUUUCAUUUUAAAUUACAUGUUGUAAACUUAAGGCACAUCUGGCACUUUAGAGAUGUUCUGUAAAGAUUCCUGUUGGACAUUUCUUCUGAGUAUGGUGAGCUGAAGGCAGGAUGGGCUCAAAAUCUGUGCUAGGUGUCCAUUCAGAGAAUCUUGGCUUCAUGGAUCAAUACUGCUUUUGCAAGAAGCAGAUCGUAGUAAUGGAGAAGUGUUUUAUUUUCCUUCUUCAAAUUCACUAGCUCUCCAACACUAGAAAGGAUUUUAGUAUGCAUUUUAAAUUGGUUAAAUGGAAUUUUUUAAUAUAUGAAAAAUAAUGUGGUUUAAUUUCCACUGAGAUUUCUUUUCUGAAAAUUUCUAUAACCUCUUCCUGGGCUAGAAGAUCUCCAAUCUGUCUUAAAACUGUAUUAGUAGAAAAAGAGAUGUGUUUUCCUGUGGCCGUAGGUAAUGAAUAACAGCCACACAGUGUAUUUUGAGACCAAAAUAUGAGGCUUUCCUAAAAAUCCUUGGUCUUCCAGAAGAGAAGCCGGCUGGUCUGCUGCUCCUCCCCAGAAGAAACCCUUCUGACUGUGCCGUGGUGAUUGGUCAGUCACAGUAUUUCCUUGUGAGAGACAGCAUGGUUGGUGACUGUUGUGACAUGCAGAUGACAGCAACAGCUAACACAGCUCUUGUGUAGUGAGCACUUUGUUUGUACAAUCUCCCCACACUAACUGGCUGACUCCCCACACUAACUGACUAUUUAUCUUCAUUACAGAGGUGGAAAUGAACUUUAGUGACUAAGAUCAAGUGGGUUCUAAGGACUCUCACUUGCCUGUACAAUCUUUUUUUUAAAUAGUUAGCAACAGGGGUUGUGGGGAGGCUUCUGUGCCUAAACACCAAGUCGUCACAAGACACUAAAGUUGAGGUUUGGGAUACUAUGAAAGAAUUGCUUUUAUUCUCAUAUGAUGGGAGCUUCUUUCUUUUUUUCUUUUCUUUUCUUUUCUUUUUUUUUUUUUUUUGAGACAGGGUCUAUAUGUAGUCUUGACCAUCUUGGAGCUUGCUAUUGUAGACAGGCUGGCCUUGAACUCAUAGAGAACUGCCUGCUUCUGUCUCUCAAUGGGAUUAAAAGUGUAGGCCAUCAUAUCUGCCUUUUUUCUUUACAAAGAUUGCUGAGCCUCUUCCCCAGAGAUUCCACGAACAGCAGACAGUGUUUAUGUAUUUAAUCCUUCAGCUAGUAUUUAUUAGAAACUUCUUCUGAGUUAGGACAGGCCCUGCCAAUGCCUACAGACUAGCAGGGAAUACAGUAGCCAAAUACCAUGUAAAUUCAAGAGUGCUAAGUACUGUGAAGUCCAGAGUGUUAGGAAAGCCCGUGACAAGGAACCCAGUCUAGUCAGAGAGAAAGGAACUCCGUGGUUUAUGAGACAGAAAGGAAACAGUCUCUUUCUCAGGGUGACUUGUGUAAUUAUAAUGACAAGUGACCUUCAGUAUCCCAAAAUGGAGAAAGUAGAAAAGUAAUGUGGUGACAACGACUCCCACCACGUUUAACUGGAUGAAACCCUGGACAUCCAGGCUAGGGGUAUAGCUCACUGUUAAGAUGCUUGCCGGGCAUGCAGAGCCCUGGGUGUGGUUCCAGAACACAGAACUUGGGGUCCUUGAGACGACAAGCAUGAGCUCUUUGUAAAUAAUUUGGUGUUGCUUUUACUGGCCUUUUGUAUGAAAUGGGAAAGUAAAGUUGAAGCAGUCAUUUCUUAGGUGUUUUUCUAGUAUUUUUUAAUAGGUGAUAACUAAUUAGGAACUCAGUAAUUCCUGAUUAGAAUUUCUUUCUCUUCAUUUGGCUUUGAGACUACUCAAAGUCAACUCUCAGCAGUCAUCUGCCUAAAUCUCCUGGGUAUUGGCUGCCAUGCCCAGCAACAAGUCUUUGUUUGUGGGGAUCUAAUCCAGGGUCUGAUGCAUGUUAGGCAGGUUCCUCCCCAACCCUGUUUCUAUAAUCAAAUUCUAAAACUCUCUUGAACAAUAAACCAACUGCAGAAUGCUGUAACAAUGAACUACCAAGAACUCUGUUAUAGAAAGAAAUGUCAGAUAUUUAUUAAAUACUCAUCAUUAGCCAAGUAUUUUGUUAGUUUGACCUCAUCCCCAGGUUGCAGUACAGAAGUCCUUCACUUCUUUUUUUUUUUUUUUUGGUUUUUCGAGACAGGGUUUCUCUG